CACCGCGUCCGACCGGCGAUGGCAAAGACCCCGUCGUUCGCGGUGGCGGCGGUCGCCGGAGGCCGCGGGCCGGUUCACAACCGGACCCAGCUCCUCCUCCUCCUCCUCGUGGCCGUCGCAGCCUCCGCAUCCACAGCAGGGUUCCUCCUCCGCGGUGCCCUGCGAGACCCUUGCGACGGCCGUGGGGACCCCGCCGCCCUCAACACCGCCGUCGCCAGCGGGAGUCCCCUCGGGUUCAUGAGGUCCAAGCUCGUGCUCCUCGUCUCCCAUGAGCUCUCCCUCUCUGGUGGUCCACUUUUACUGAUGGAAUUAGCAUUUCUUCUGAGGCAUGUUGGCUCGCAAGUGGUGUGGAUAACAAACCAGAGAUCACAAGAAACAAAUGAUGUCACAUAUAGCUUGGAGCAUAGGAUGUUGAACCAUGGAGUGCAGGAUUUUGCAUAACCAAAGGCCAUGACACACCAACAAAAGAUGUUGCUACCCUCAUUCAAAGCCUUGAUCAGGAACAGAGAGGGCACCACACGCACGGGGAGGGACGACCGAUUCAGCUGGUGGCCAGGAACCAAGCGGGGAGGAACUGGGCAUGGAGAAAGCGUCAUGCGGGGAUGAGGCAUGGGCAGGGAGGAACCAAGCAUGUGAACAGCCAGACAGAGACAUGGAGUCAGGCAUGGGGCGCAUGGCGAGUGGGGAACCGAAAGAAUGGAAAAUAGAAGCCCCCUACUUGACCCGUGGGAAUGGGCUGGGAGGGGGUAUCCACCAAAUCCGGGGCCAAGUUUUACCAGCUAGAGGACAGGAGGCAGUUGAUAUUGCUCUAAAAGCUGAUCUGGUUAUCUUAAACACUGCUGUUGCUGGCAAGUGGCUUGACCCUGUUCUGAAAGAUCAUGUUCCUAAAGUCCUUCCGAAGAUUUUGUGGUGGAUCCAUGAAAUGCGUGGGCAUUACUUUAAGGUUGAAUAUGUCAAACAUCUUCCCUUUGUUGCUGGAGCCAUGAUUGAUUCUCAUACAACGGCUGAGUAUUGGAAUAGCAGGACUAGCGAUCGCCUGAAAAUACAGAUGCCACAAACUUAUGUUGUUCACCUGGGGAAUAGUAAAGAACUAAUGGAAGUUGCUGAAGACAAUGUCGCAAGAAGAGUCCUACGGGAACAUAUUCGUGAAUCCCUUGGAGUACGGAGUGAGGAUCUCCUGUUUGCAAUAAUAAACAGUGUAUCACGAGGAAAGGGACAAGACUUAUUUCUUCAAGCAUUUUAUCAGGCUUUGCAGCUCAUCCAACACGAGAAACUUAAAGUGCCUAGAAUACAUGCUGUAGUUGUGGGAAGUGAUGUUAAUGCUCAGACCAAAUUUGAGACUCAGUUACGUGACUUUGUGGUGAAGAACACGAUUCAUGACCGUGUCCAUUUUGUGAACAAGACAUUGGCAGUGGCCCCUUACUUGGCAGCAAUUGAUGUGCUUGUUCAGAAUUCUCAGGGCCGUGGAGAAUGCUUUGGAAGGAUAACAAUUGAAGCAAUGGCAUUCAAGUUGCCAGUAUUGGGCACGGCUGCUGGAGGGACCACGGAGAUCGUCCUGGACGGCUCGACUGGCCUUCUGCAUCCUGCUGGGAAGGAGGGCGUGGCGCCUCUUGCAAAGAACAUCGUCAGACUCGCAAGCCACGCCGAGCAGAGGGUCUCCAUGGGGGAAAAGGGCUAUGGCAGGGUGAAGGAAAUGUUCAUGGAGCACCACAUGGCUGAGAGGAUCGCGGCGGUGUUGAAGGAUGUCCUGAGGAAAUCACAGGAGCACUCCAGGUCUUGAGCUUUGCCGUGCCCAUCAGCUUGCGCUAACAUGUUGAACUAGAUUUUACGGGCUACGCCUACGUGGUUCAGGCUGUAAACUGUAGAUUGCACUCUGUUGGUCUACUUUUUCACAUUCAUGUUUUACCUAUUAGGCCAUGUCCGAUUCUAUUCCAAUUCAUAUAGGUUCUAUUUCAAUCCAUAUAGAUUAAGAGGGAUUGAGGAGAUUUCAA